AUGGAAGCGUCUUGGGAUUCUCCAUUGCCUGAAGACAUCGAGAAAAAAUUUGAAAUUUGGCAGCGUCAACUUAAAGACUUGAAAGAAUUAGAAAUUUCACGGAGGCUGUCACACCUCGAUCUUAAAGACGCCAGCUUGUCACUAGAGGUAUUUUGCGACGCUUCAAAAUUGGCUUACGCUACGUGCGCAUUUCUUCGAGUUGAGAAAGAUGGCAAGGUGACCUGCCAAUUAAUCCAAGCACGAUCAAAGGUUGCUCCUUUGAAAGGUAUUUCUAUCCCAAGAUUGGAACUUUUAUCUUGCAUGAUCGGAGCAAGGUUAGCUGAUGCGAUAAAGAGAGAUUUGCAUUUGGAAGAUAUUGAAAGCACUUUCUGGUCUGAUUCAAUGGAUGUUCUACAUUGGAUAAAAAGAGAAGGCCCAUGGGCUACCUUUGUUGCUAAUAGAGUGGAGGAGAUAAGAAAACUAUCUUCUGUGGAAAAUUGGAGACAUGUACCUGGUAUUUCUAACCCAGCUGAUCUCCCAUCGAGAGGAUGUACAGUGAGGACCCUCAUCAAAAGUCAUUGGUGGGAAGGACCUGAUUGGAUCAAAAGGUCGAAAGAUGAUUGGCCAAAAUCUGCUCAUUUUCCAAAUAUGGAAGUGGUUAAUUCAGAAAAGAAGACUAUUGUAACCGCUUCUGUUUUACAACUUGAGGAAAAGUAUUAUCAUCGAUUUUCAUCGUAUGUUAAAAUUGUCCGAAUUACAGCUUGGCUUUUAAGGUUUCUUAAGAAUCUGAAGAAUGGGAGAAAUCGAAGAACAGUAGGUCCAUUGAAUUAUGAUGAAAUCAAGAAGGCUGAACGUAUUUUGCUGAAACAAGUGCAGUUAGAAGCCUUUUAUGAUGAGAACGACAAAAGGUUAAAAUCUUUACAAGUUAUCAAAGACUCCGAGGGAAUUCUAAGAGUGAAAACCAGAAUAUUUUUUAGGGAAGACCAUAGAGAUUUUCGUCUACCCAUAAUUCUUCCUUCCGAUCAUCCUGUUGUCAUGACUCUCAUAAUGUAUGAACACGAACAUCAUGGACAUUCUGGAGCUCAAAUGCUUAUGUACCAUCUUAGGGAAAAUUACUGGAUUUUGAAGUCAAGAAAAGCUAUUAAAAAAGCUAUAAAGUCCUGCAUCAUUUGCAAUAGAUUUGAUGCAAAACCGGUUUUUGUUCAGGAGGGCCUAUUGCCUCAAGACCGUGUGAGAGAUGCUGAAACUUUCGAAAUCGUAGGAUUAGAUCUAGCUGGACCUGUCAUCCUUAAAGAAGAAAGAAAGGCUUGGAUUUUGAUCCUAACUUGCGCGGUUUACCGUUUGAGGAGAUUUAUUGCACGAAGAGGUCGACCAUCUGUCAUCUAUUCAGAUAAUGGUACAAAUUUGAAAAGUGCUCAUCGUCUACUGAAGGAAGUUGAUUUCGAAAAACUGAAGAAUAUUGAAGAACUAAGUCCUAUUUCUUGGACUUUUAUACCUCCAAAUGCCCCCUGGUGGGGAGGAUUUUGGGAGAGACUUAUCGGCCUUAUGAAGCGGAUUUUAAGAAGAACUUUAAGAAAGACAUCUUUAAAUCAUGAAGAAAUGAACACAGUUCUUUGUGACUGUGAAAGAGUAAUGAAUUCAAGACCACUUACUUAUGUCUCGGAAGAUGCCGAAGAUUUGGAACCCCUUACUCCAGCAAUGUUCCUGCACAAUAUUAGAGAAACCGGUGUGCCUGAUUUAGACCUAAUUGAAGAAACUAAGUUUAAUAAAAGAUUGGCCUACCGAAACAGAAUCCAAAAGGAUCUAAGGAAACGUUUUCGAUCGGAAUACUUGGGACAAUUGCGAGAAAUACAAAAGGUAAAAAGAGAAACUGCUUUAUGUAUUGGAGACAUCGUUUUGGUUGAAGAUAAUACCAAAAGAUUGAACUGGAAUUUGGGGAGGAUUUUGAAACUGUUUCAAGGAAAAGACAAUAGAGCUAGAGUAGCUCUAGUUAAAACCAAGUUUGGUUCUUUUCUACGUCCUGUGCAGAAAUUAUAUCCACUUGAAGUGAGCGAAAAUGAUAAACCUGUUGAACACAAUACUAAUUCUCCUCUAAUUUCAGGUGCUAAUAGACGAGAGACUUUUCCCAUCUCUUUAGAUAGGAAGACUUCCCUGAUAGAGCCCCCUGAUGGUCUUCCACUUCCUUCUAAAGAAUCUGACUGUGGAGCCGACAUGGAGCCGACGAUGGAUUCUUCGCCUCUCCUUCCGAAUGAAACUUCUCAUCCUGUCUUACCUGACGGAACUGAAAAAUUGGAACCAAGGCGAUCCCGUUAUGGACGAUUGCUGAGACCUGUCCAAAGACUAUGA